AUGGAGCUUCAGAGAGUUAACAACAUCGAAAAUGAAUCUAUCUCCGAAUCGAAGGGAACAAAUUCACCAGGAUUUUCCAACACCCCCACCAACCACAACAACAGAAACGCCAACAUCCCAAAACUUCACACCACCAGCAGCUGUUGCAGCAGCUGCAACAGCUACAACACCUCCAUCCUCUUCACCAUCAUCGUCUUCGUCACCAUGAUCACCAUGCAGUCGCCACUUUCUGAAGCCGUCACUUGUUACGAGUGUAACAAGACCCAACUCUUCUGCCAGGAUAAGUUCACUCGGUACGACGCUGAUGUGCCAACCUGCGAAGGGGAUGUCUGCUACAAGAAGAAAGUCCUCGAAGAUGGAAAGUAUCUGACCAUACGAACGUGUACCACCUUUCAAGAGCAGAAUGAACAGUGCAAACUCGUCGACCAGCCAUACACAAACAUUUGCAUCUGUAGCCGAAACUACUGUAACUUUGCUACCAAAAAUUUCGCAAGCUUUCUCACUCUUAGCAUAUUUUUUGCCGGGUUUGUUGGGGUCGUUGCUUUCAUUAGUGGUUAG